AUGCUGCAAGAAUGCAUUGUCGGGGCACAAACUUGUUGCAGAGCUGUUUCGAGCAGAUUUGAAAAAAUAAAAUUCUAUAUUUUCUUUUUUCAGAAGUCGAUCGUAAUUGUCCAUCUUCUGGUUCUUCUUGGCUGCUGCGCCGCAUUUCCGGUCAAACCGGAGGACGAUACCAGUCCACUCGUCAAUCCAAUUUUCCUCCAAGAACCGACUAAUCUUGGAAACAAAGUUGAAGAUAAUUCAUCUCCAGUGGCGUACAUACUUUUUCUGAGCAAAUUGGAUGGAUCGAAAAGAAACUUCGAUGGGAUUUCGAUGGAGAAACGCAACGUGGUGGAAGACGAGGAUCUCGAACCAGCAGCUGGUACUUAUGCUCUUCGACCACUCUUCGUCUAUCGACAACAAGUGGCGUACAGGCAACGACUUAGAAAUAGUCGUCAAGGAAAUGGUUUCUGAAUGGCGUUAAUGGCGUCGUUUUUUAUAAUGUUGACAACUUGAUGCAAUGAAAAGGCAGCAGAUUUGAAAAUUAAUGAGAGCUCUGGUGAUUCUUAAACGGAUAUUUAUGAAUG